UUAUCUUUAAGCACGGAUGAUAAAAGGCGUAGACCGUUAGAAGUGGAUUUUGUUGUAUGCUUUACUUCUCGGAAACCAAAACAGGUGCGAGAUUUUUAUGAGAUUAUGAUAGACAUUAAAUGGAGCAAUUGAUGUUGAAGUUGAAGGGUCAAUUCUGCUGCAGCAAUGAUAAAAAACAUCGUUCACAUGUGGUGUCAGAUAACAAUCUUAAAAUGUUGAUAAGUAGGUAAAUGUAGUUUUAAGUUGUGAAAUACACAUCGCUGUACAAAUGUGUCAGAUUUUAGGAGUUUACAGGAUAAAAAAACUUUGGAACUAUUUUUGUGAUAAAAUUUCUAUUCGAAAUUGUGUUUCAAAUGGAUGUAAACUUAUUCUAUUUGUAGAAAUAAACUGGAGAUCAAUUAUUUUACUGUAAUAUAUCAAGUUUAAUUAUAUCUUUCCCACUGGGGUAAGUCUGAGGCUAAAAUAAACCAGUUUACUGAAAAUUAAAAUGAGUUUGAUUCCGCAAUCUCCGAGGGUCGGCCGAUCUCCAAAGAUGAAGGCAAAAUGGCUGUCGAAUACAAUGGCAUAUCAAUAUGGCAACAACGGCACGAAGAAAAGUGAAAUUAUCGUGCUCUCAAAUAAUCUAGAUCAAUAUCUACAAGAUAUAUUUCAAAGUAUAGACGCAAAGGGACGUGGGAAAAUCUCCGGGGAAGAAUUUCGUCUGUUAUGUGAUGUUCUUAAUUUACGAGAGUCUGUUAUUAACAGGGAUACAGACAAUGACCUUGGAUUUAAGGAUUUCCACGACCGACUUUGUGAACAUUUUGCUUGCUAUGGGGAUUACACUGGUUUUCUUGUGAAUCAAACAUUUCGGGCUAUGAACACGGGCAAUUCUAAAAAUGGAGAUACCAAACCUAAGCUACCAGAUACAGGAAAACUUACUCAGUUUCAAAAACGAAUGGCAAACGGGAACAGUCAUAAGUGCAUACAUGACGCUGAAAUUUUCAAAAACUGGGAUAAACUCCGUCUGUCUGGUUUCCGGCUCAGUGAGAUUAGGGAACAUAUAGAUCAGAUGUUGUAUGAAGUUUCCUAUCACAAGGAGGAAUCACAGACUUUGAAAGAAAUCAUUGAAGAUUUAAGGACAAUGUUGCAGGCCUCAGACGCCCAAAAUAUUGGGAUGCAAGUCGCACUGAAAAAGUAUCAACGUAAUCUUGUAUCUACACCGGAACUGGGUGGCAUGAUACCCAAUGGGACCAACAGACAUUCCAUGCCACCAGGUGGCAGCACACUCGUAUAUAAACCAUUAAAAGGCGAGGAGAAAUCUGUAGGAAGACUUGCACGAGAACUAACCCAACUCAGAGAGCUCAGAGAUAAAGAAGUGAAAGAACUUAUAAAUUUCAACAAUCAGCUACAGCACGAUCUGACUGACAUGUCACGCGAGAUUGUACGUCUGGAAGAUGAGAGCAGACGACAGUCAGGGCAACUAGAACUGAUCGUGAAAACAUACAGGUGUUGCCGGGAGUUGUUUGCGGUGUGUGUGGAGAGUUUUAAAGAAGUUGAGAGUGCCGGAGACACCCCACUGACGCCAACUUCCGUCCCCCAGUCUCCCAUCCUUGUAAGGACACCAAAUUGUACUCCCGGCUUGAAGAGAAAAUUCUCAUUUUCGGGAAAAAAUAGAUUCAAUGAUUCAUCACAAUCGGAGAGUCUGGCAGAGGAUAACUCAGAUAAGAUCGACAUGGAAACCGCUGACAUUGAGGCAGACGAACACUUCCCACCGGAAGUUAUCUUGAUAAAGAGGCUGGAGCACGAGAUAAAAACUCAGUGUGAAGCUUUUCAUACACAGCAACAGGAAAUGGCAAGACUUGACACGGAGUUAGACCUCUGCAGACGACAUCUCCAAACGGCCAAUUUCCAGGUUGAGGCUCUAGAAACGGAAUGCAGUCGUCUGUUGUCCUUAGAGGACCAACUUGUUUCGGUAUUUCGUCUGCUGCAGAAAGGGCGCAGCCAGUGUCUGAGCCGAAAGACGCUUGGGCAGUUGCUGCUGGAUGUGAUAGAUUCAAGCUUUGGAGAGGAUGAACAAGAUAUGACAGCGGACCAAUUCAUCCGCAUCUUACAGAAGACAUUAUCGGAUUGUCCGUUGUUUCUAUUCUCUAGCUGACAGUAGUAAAAUAGCGGCAACAUCACUUCCGGUCAUAUCAACUUGGCAUCACAUCUGUUUCCGCUUCUCAUUUUCUACUGAUUUACUUUACGUAAUUUCAUGGGGGGAUACGAAAUACAUUUGUAACGUUAUUACAUGUAAACAUCUUCUGUCUGAUCGUAAAAUCCUGUCGAAAGAAAAAAAAGAAUGUAAGGGAUAACACACAGAUCUGAACAAAAUCUUGAUUUUUCCAUCAGUAUACUAUAUUUUAAAGGAAUGUGUGACAAUUAUUACUCUUUUAAAGACGAAAUAUCGACAUUAAUGGAUUGUGCAUAAAGUCGUUAAAUGCUUUCUCCAAAGAUGUCUUACAAAGACUUUGUUUUGUACCGUCUUGCACUUAAAACAUAGCUUACAGUUCGCCCAAGUUGCUCUGCCAUUUCGUUCAAAUCUGGCCAUUCUAUUUCACAUACAGUAUUCACAUCAACUGUAUGUAUUAAAUUUAAUUGUUAAAUGUUACGAUUUAAUAGAUUCCGCCAGGAAGGUCUAUCAGUUGUUCCAGAUUCCGCCAAUAACACUGUACCCGAGUAGGGGCUAACUGUAAGCCGGUUAUAAGUUGAAUACCGCAUUUUUAAGAUAUUAAUUUCGAGCGAGCGGUAGCGAAGCGAGAAAUUGAUAUCUUAAACUUAUAACAUAUACAUAACUUAUAAAUGUAUCUAAAAUUUGUAUCUCUUACAUGUAGAUUUCUUAUAUAAUGUAGUGUUUCUAUUUUAUUACUACCCCUACUGAUAGUGGCCCGUUAUGACAAUCGGCAUUUUUUGCUCGAUUAUGUAUUUUCCGCACGCGAUUUCGGUAUUCUCCGGUUAUAAUGAAAAUUGACCGAAGGAUGCCGAAACAGCUGUUUUUCGCACGGAAAUUGCCGAAUGCCUUGACGGGUCCACAACGUUCAUCUAAGAUUUUCAACAUUGUCAAUAUGAUAUAUACUUGUUUAUUUACACAUUGCACAAACUAACGACGCAUGAAUUCAUCAUUCAUAUGACAAAUCAUUUGUACUUAGUUAAUAUAUUAUUUAUUAAUUAUGAUUAUAUUUGUACCAAAUAAGUUAUAUACCUCAACUGCCUUGUCAAAAGUUAACUCUAUUUUGUAUAAAUAUUUUGUAUACAUAGUUCAGUUAUCAAAUAAAUUGAUAUACACAUCU